AUGGAUCGUUCCGAGGAGAAGGCGUCUGAAUUCGAGCGGAGGGCCUCGCGGCGCCUGUCCAGAGGAGUUUCUGUCCAAGUUGACGCGGACACUCCCGAUGUCGCGGACGACGAUGCCUAUCUAACCGCCAUGGCUAUGACCGUGUCAAAUGGCUUUAGGCCUCACCAAGACUCCACUGCUACGUCAACAGGCACACCUCUUACUACCAAUACGAAUACUACGGACAGCCAAAGGUCUUCCGUGUCUGACGGACCUCAUCAAGAAGACCACCUUUCGACAACACCCGGCGCUGCGGCCUCUUCUACCUUCGCCGAAAGAGUCUUUUCCUCCUCAUCACCCUCAUCACCCCCCUCCCUCCUCCUCCUCCUCCUCCUCUGCCGCUCCUUCAGACACUUCGUCUCCGUCAAAUGCGUUCGCGACGACUUCGUCACAAUUCUUCAACGAACCAAUUCUACCGCAACCGCCACAAGAAUCUGCAUCCUUGCCCACGCCUCCACCUCCUACCCUCUCCUCUUUACCAAGAUCUCUCACGUCUACCCGUCAGUGCCUCCCGAAAGCGCCUCUGGUAGUAGUAGCAACACCGGCCUUUUGGACAAUGUUCGCGAGGGCGCCACGAGCAGUGUACCACCCGUACUUGAAGAAGAGCCUUACCAAGGCCCGUCAGGACCCUCUUUCCCUUACCAGAUGUAUCCUCAGAAUGUACGCAUGGCUAGAACCUUGAGCGGUGCCACAACGUCUACUGUCGCACCAUCCGAUUCAUCCUACUCUGGCCCCCGCGGUCCAACGUUUCCCUAUGGCUUGUACCAGCAAAACACGAUGGCCGGUCCAAGUGCCCUGCCGGUAACCGACAUCCCCGUUGGAUUCCCCAGUAUGGCUGACAAUUAUCGACGUCGCAUCGGUCCCGACGGCGAGGAUGUUGCCGAUCUAAUUGGCCCUGACGGUCAUACUGAGCAGCUGCCGCCAUACACGAGAUAUCCGGACGAAGCAUACACUCGCAAGAUUGCCGCCGCCAACGUACAACCACAUUACGACCCAUUAGCUGAUCCACUGGCCGGCUCUGUAGCAUCUGGACCAACAGCUCCAAAUACAGUGCCAGUUGCAGUACCUGCAGCGGUGCAAGCCGCAGUGCCGGACCCAACUCAAGUGCAACCUGUUACCUCACCGGGUGAAACAGCAUCAACUUCCGCACAUAUUGCGGUACCCGCCCCCAUACAACUUAUCCCUGGCGCCGGGGGAAUUGGGCUGGCUUCACGCAAUCCAGAGUUUGAUGGUGUGGAGGGCGCCGAGUCACCCCGUUCUCGGUACUCUUUGAGAAGCUUCACCACGGAGGGAAGUGGGCGCGAAAUCAACACGGAAGCGCGGAAUAUAAGCGAGAAACGCAAGCACAAAGCUCCACACUUCGUUCAACGCUACGGCGGACGCCGGAUCCUCGGCGUUAUCCCCUACUGGGCUAUCUGCCUCGUCAUCACCGCCCUCUUAUUGAUGGGUAUCGUUCUCGGCGCUGUCAUUGGUACAUUUGUGUCUAGACACAGACGGGCCCAAGAACUCCACCACUCAAAUAACAAUGGUCCUGUUUCCGUCACCGUCACCGUCGAUGCGACGCCGAUUCCUACACCAACAAAUCUCCCAGGCCUCCCAACUGGCACAUUUGGACUGCCAUUUCAAAUCAACGAAAGCCCGGGCGCCUGCUUCAACGAUACAACACAAGCCCAAGCAUGGAAGUGCGGUAUUGCAAAUCAAUACAGCAUGACCCUCACAGUCAAUAGCCUGCCUUUGACUCCGGACGGACCCAUGUACGACAUCAGUAUCCAUUGCAAUGAAUCGGCCACAUAUGAGAAUAACUUGUUUUUCUACGGCGAGCAGGCCCCUACAAUCAAGUCACGGGCACCUUUGUUACUUGUUAAUGACACCCUCGACCUGAAUCGCGGACCAGCAUGGUUCAAGAUGAUGCCGUACAACAAAACCGUCAUUGUUCGCGAGAGCUUUUUGUCUGCUCCCAAUGCUCAGCCUACGACGGAAGCAAGCACUACCAACAACAAUAAGCGUGGUGCGGGCGGCCUUACUGGAUCGCUAUCGUUUGAUGCUGCUGGUCCCUUCGGUCGCAAGGGUGCCAUGCUGGCGCAGGCGGGCGAUAAGCCUUGGGUUUGCACGUGGCCAGAUACGAUUCUUGAAAUUUUCAUUUACCCAAACCAAAACACGAGCAUGUACAGACUCAGUCUGUCUUCGACAUAUACUCCGUCGACGACCACGCCGACGCCAACUCAAAUGAACCCUAGUUCUACCGGUGCAGCUGCAGAUGGUGGUGCCGCUACGGCCACGGAGAGUAAUUCUUCGGCAACGUCUACGCCUCCACUAUUCCCAAAUGCUCCGCCUCCAUACCCACGUGUUGUGAAGAUGGAGGAGCGUCGCAUGGCAAACUCACCUCAGGCAACGUGCAUGCAGUACGAGCUCAAACUGGAAGGCACAAGCCUCAAGGCCGUUCCAAACCGGGAUGCCAGCGGGCAGCCCAUUCAAGUCACGAUUUCCGAAAUUGAAUCUGGCCCGUCUUUGUUUUCACAGGGAAAGAGGGACAUCAUGGGGGCCGGUGAGGUGUUUGAGAAACGUGAUGAGUCUGGCUUGAGUAAAUGUGGUUGCCUGUGGAUGGUGACAUAA